AUGGCCUCCCGUCCACCUCUCUUUUCCGCAGUAUCAUCUUCUGCGCGGCAGAUCUUACUCCUGCUUCGCUGCAUUUCAUUCUCGAAGACGGCCACUGUGCGCAUUACCCCCGAAGGGCUUCGCUUCAGCACAGAAGAAGGUAGUGUCAUGGAAGCUUUCAUUCACCUCGAGAAGAAUCUCUUCACCUCCUACAAAUACAACAUCCCCGAUGCACCACCCUCGUCGCAGGACGACCCACCUGAGCAUCCAAUAUUCGAAGUCAAUCUCGUCGCUCUUCUGGAGACUCUCAACAUUUUCAGUGUGUCAGACCAGAGCACUGCAAAGCGCUCAGAUGAAUACUCGGCCUUCGCGGCACACCGAUUGAACCGACAUGCCAAUCAAAAUGCUUUCAACAACCCACUGCACGUUGCUGGCAUAUGCACGUUCACAUACGAUGGCGAGGGCAGCCCUCUGAGUGUUCACAUGUCGGAAGCAGGAGUGACAACGACAUGCGAUCUCACAACGUACGAAGCAGAAGUUUCUGAGGAGAUACCAUUUCAACGCGAGCAUCUGGCGCUCAAGACCAUCAUGCGGUCGACCUUCCUACUUGAUGCUCUUUCAGAACUCAAUAACAUGGGGCCUCAACACUUGACGAUUCAAGCGAACCCGGAUUCUCGCACGGCAAAUAUUUCGCUCAGUGCAUCAGGACCCCUUGGAUCCUCCACCGUAGACUUCGCCACAGAUACGUUAUCCGAGACUCCGAUUCUCGAGACUUUCCAAUGUCCUGCGAAGACCUCUGCAAGUUUUAAGUUCAGCUGCAUCAAAGCGGCCCAGCGAGCAAUGCAAGCGGCCUCGAAAGUUUCUGUGCGAUUGGACGAAGAAUCCGUGCUGAGCUUGCAAUUUCUUGUUGAAGUGGGAGUAGGCGAUGGGGACGGAGCGGCUUUUGUCGAUUUUCGUGUCGUGCCGCUUGUGGAUGGUGAGGCCGAAUACGACGAGGAUGAUGGGGAUGGUUCUGAGGGAAGUGCCUAUUAG